AUGGCUGAAAAGAGGCUCUACGAUGCAGCAGUGGAAGGAGACGUAAAAUCUUUGCUCGAUUUACUCAAAGAAGAUCCAUUGAUUCUUGAUAGAGUUUCGUUUACGUGUUCCAACAAGACUCCUUUGCACAUAGCAACAAUAUGCCAACGCACGGCCUUUGUCCAAGAAAUUGUCCAAAGGAAUCCUCUACUUGCUGCAGAACUAGACUCCCAUCAAUCAUCGGCUCUUCACAUAGCAUCAGCAAAAGGCUAUGCCGAAAUUGUAAAAGAUGAAGAUGGGGAUACAAUAUUGCAUCUGGCUGUUAGGACUAUACAUUUUGAGACAGUCCAGUAUUUAAUGGGAAGUACUGGCAUAGAUGUGAAUGCAAAAAAUGCAAAUGGCCACACUGCAUUGGACAUUUUGGAACUAACUCCUACAUAUUUGAGGGAUGCUAAUAAUUAUUUGUCCAUUAAGAACUGUCUUCAGCCUAAAGCCUGCAACUCCAUCAAUCCUCAAACUCAGCCAAUAAAAUGGUUAACCAAGAAGCGCGAUGCCAUAAUGGUGGUGGCAAUUCUGAUUGCUACAAUGGCUUUCCAAGCCGGGGUGACCCCUCCGGGUGGCGUCUGGCAAGACAAUGCAACAGAUGAUUCCCACAAAGCUGGAGAAGCUGUAAUGGCGAGUAUUCAUCCUAAAGCGCUGUUUAUGUGGAGUUUGAUGGUUAUUAUGUGGUUAACAGUAACUUCAACUGCAGUUACUUAUGCAGUAUCCAUUGUUGUGGUUACACCAGAAAAGAAUAGGAAAUCACUGGGCAAUGUUAUUGAGAUCGGACUCAUAGUAUGGUGUAGCGUGAUGGCAAUUCUGCUUGUUGGGAACACUGUUAGGUUGGUCGACCGGUGGCUGCAGAAACGAGGAAUAACCGUGUGGAGGCCAAGAAGAUUUAGAGAUUUGGUUGAAGUACAAAACCGAAAUGUUAACCAAGAAGGUGUUUGA